UUGCAGCAGUGGUUCGUUUUCUUGGAAGCUUUGAUCUCGAAGUUCGCAGGUUGGGGAAGUCACUUUUGUUGAGCUCGUUAUUUUCCAUUAUUGAUGGACAUGUUCUGAUGAAAGAAAAAUGCUAAACAGUCUGUUUAUUGUGAAUACUUCUGGCGACAUUAUUCUCGAGAAACACUGGAAAUCCGUUAUUCAUCGGUCGAUAUGUGAUUACUUUUUCGAGGCUCAAAAAAAGGCAGCUUAUCCGGAAGAUGUACCACCAGUUAUAUCAACGCCCCAUCAUUACCUCAUCAGCGUUUAUCACAACCAUCUUUAUCUUCUUGCCGUAACUGUAUCGGAAACUCCACCAUUAAUGGUAAUCGAGUUUUUGCAUCGCGUCAUCGCUACAUUUGCGGAAUACUUCGAAGAAUUCACCGAUAAUGCAAUUAAGGAAAAUUGUGUCAUGGUUUUCGAACUGCUAGAUGAAAUGCUUGAUAAUGGUUUUCCAUUAGCUACAGAAUUGAACGUUUUGCAAGAGCUUAUCAAACCGCCUAAUUUCCUCCGAACUAUCGCUAACCAAGUUAUGGGUCGAACGAAUGUUUCGGAAGUGUUACCAACUGGUCAGCUUUCAAAUAUACCUUGGAGAAGAGCUGAUGUCAAGUAUACAAACAAUGAAGCUUAUUUCGACGUUAUUGAGGAAAUUGAUGCCAUAAUUGAUCGACAAGGUGCUACUGUAUUCUCUGAGAUACAAGGAUAUAUAGAUUGUUGCUGUAAACUUUCUGGCAUGCCUGAUCUAACGAUGACAUUAAUUAAUCCAAGAUUGUUAGAUGAUGUCUCAUUUCACCCUUGCGUACGAUUUAAACGAUGGGAAAGUGAGCGAGUAUUGUCAUUUGUGCCACCUGAUGGAAAUUUCCGCUUACUCUCCUAUCAUAUUGGUUCGCAGAAUAUGGUUGCAAUACCGGUAUAUGUACGCCAUAAUAUAUCACUUAAGCCAGGCACUACUGGACGAAUCGAACUAACGGUUGGUCCAAAGCAGAGUAUGGGUAAAGUGCUGGAAGAUGUUAUCGUGGAGAUGACAAUGCCGAAGCCGGUCCAAAAUUGUAUGCUAAUAUCGAGCACUGGAAAAUGCUCUUUUGACCCGACAACGAAAUUGCUCCAGUGGAAUGUUGGAAAGAUCGAACUGGGCAAACCACCGACUUUAAAAGGAACUGUCUCCGUGAGCGGUGCAACAAAUGUCGAAGCGCCACCGAUUACUGUUUAUUUCAAAAUUAAUCAGCUGGCUGUGUCGGGGUUAAAAGUCAAUCGUUUGGAUCUAUAUGGUGAAAAGUAUAAGCCAUUCAAAGGUGUUAAAUAUAUUACUAAAGCUGGAAGAUUUCAAGUGCGCACGUGACUAUUCCUGUGUUUCAGUUUUCAAAUUAUAUUAGGGAAAUUCUCUCUCUGCUGUUCUUAUUUACUGGUUGUAAUAGCUAGUGAUGGUGGGAUAAGGAUAAGGUAUGAGUGAAGUGUAUGUUAUAUGUAACACAUACUUUGGCUGAGCACGUGAACUAUUCCAAUUUUAUUGUAAAAAAAAAUAUUUUGCAAUUAAGUUGUAAAUUUCCGUCUUUAUUUUCCUCUUUGAUUUUCAUUGGUUGAUGGUGGUUUGGCUUUGUUAAAAGGAU